CUGUAGAUUUGAAAGCACAUUGCUGAAGCAUCUCCACAGUAAAUUACGAAGUUUGCUUUCGGUCGAACCACAAUCGGCUUCGCGCUGACGACGAUUUGUUUAUUCGCUGUCGUUUUUUUUUCUGUUUCUACUUGUUUCAUUUUCGUUGUGGCAUAUCGUCGGUUUCGAACAAAUUUCGAUGCAUUUUCGAGCUUAUUCUUUGUUUUCAAAAUGUGUGUGCUUUGUUUGACUUACUGAUACACUAUAUGAUUUUGCGACGAAAAGUAAAUUGUGUGAGCCUUUGUUAUUCGUCUCAUUUAUUUGAAAGACAAAAAAAAAAAACUUUGAGCGAGUGUUGGUUUUGUGACAACCAUUUCAUAUUUAAAAGUGUCAAAAAUUAACCGUCAAAGAGAGAGUGAGAGAGAGAGAGAAAGAGAGCAGUGAAAUGGAUUCGCCUGCGCGACGAAGUGGAAUACCGAUUCCGAAAUCGAAAUCGAAUAGCAUGAAGAAAAGUUUGAGCAAAAGUAAUGACGAUUUGCUUUCCGAUACCAUCGAUGGCCCAACCAAUGAGUUAGACCUCUUUACACUACUCGAGGAAAAUAUUGCGCUGAAGGAGAAAAUCGAAGAAUUAUCGACCAAGCAUAAUACCAUUUUACAGAAAAAUAUCCAGUUGGAGCGAGAAAAUGGACGAGUGGGCAAGCAAUUCAAUGAUUUGAAAGUGCAACAAAAACUGCUGAAGGAUCAAUUACAAGGUUUGAUGAAUAAAUUUGAACGAGAAUUUGAAGAAGGUCAAACAAUACAUAACAUUCAAGAGCAACAAAAGAAAAUCAUCAACGACCUCAUGCUAAAAGUUCGAGUUCAAGAGGAGAAACAUGUCGAAUUGCUAAAAGCUGGCAAACAGGCUAAGCACCGUCUCGAAGAAUUGGCACCGGAGAUUCGAUUAAAGGAAAAAGAUGAAUCAUCCAAAUGUGAUAUUGUUACAACUGAGACCGUCGAACAACUAAUCAACGAAAUCGGAAAAAUCAAAACACAAAUGAACAAUACCGAGCUCCAGUUGUACGAGGCAAAUGAGAAAAUUGCCGAGCUUAUUGAAAACCAUCAACACCUGAAAGAAGAAAAUGAAAACCUUAAAGUGGAAAAUUCGAAUCUCACCAAGGUGGCCAAGCUCAUGACACGUAGCAUGCAAGAAAGUAUGGAUACAACUAAAAAGAUGGAAGAGGCGUUAAUCGAAAUGAAAAAGAGGAACGAUGAGCUGGUGCGUGGAAACAAAGAUGCCAUUGAUAGUCCAACAUCGCCCAAGUUCUAUUCGACAAAUGACCAAGUGAUGCAUUUAAAAGAGGAAUUGAAACGACGAGAGGCGGCUCACACCGAGCGCAUUGUCGAAAUGAAUAAACUAAUGGAAACGACAAUCGAAACUAACAAUAACGACGAAAUCAAUGUGCUACGCAUUAAACUUGAGAUAGUGGAAAAAGAGCUUCAAUUCGCCAUUAGUCGAGCGGAAAAAGCUGAAGAACAAUUGAACAAUUUGUACAAAAAUAGUAGUUACGCACUGGCACAAUCAUCUCAUGAAUCGGCAGCGACGACGACGGCGGCGGCGGCGGUGUCGAGGGUGAAGUGUUCGCACUGUGGCAAUUAUUGUGAUAGUGCAGAGCAAUCAUCAACAAGCAGCGCAGCAUCAUCAUCAUCAUCAUCAUCAUCAUCGUCCACGACAGUCACCUUACCGCCUCCACCUCCACCUCCAAUGCCCAAUUUCACACCAUUUCCCGUCAAUGUGACCAGGUGUGGUGCCAGUCUGAGAGAUGGCAUCACAACAUUCACACUCAAUAAUCCACGCGAAUCGGGUGACAAUCUUAGCAUUUGUAGCAAUCUGGAUGUGAAAAAAUCGGCAACAGGUAUGGACGCUUUGAUCGCUGAACUACGAGAUGGAGCGGUGACAUUGCGACGUAAUCGACGAAAAACCCCGACGAAUGCAGCAUUGCAAGAGAUGUUUGAAACGCUGGAAUUAUCUCGCAAACAAAAUCGUAACUCUCGAAUUGUUAUCGAAAGUCAUAGAAAGUGAAAUUCAUUUCCCCAUUUUGAUGAUGAUGAAAAAAGUGUCCCAAAGUAUCCGGUCUACACAAAACUCAUACUAUCGUUUAUCAUUAUUCUUUGCUAUUUAACGUUACGAUUCCAUUCCAAUUGCAUCAACUUACAUCCGUGUCGUCUGUCCCGUUUUUAAUUUGAUAUUAUAUUUAAACAACAAUUUAGUCGUCAAUUUUUAGUGUAAAGCUUCUUUGGUUUAGAAUUUUAUCAGGCGUUCAUAAACCGCUUAUGACAAAGUAGACAAUUGAUAUGUACGUCUUUUUAAGUGGUUUUAAUAAAGGAAAAAAAAUGCAACAAAUAUUAUUCGCUCAAAA